AGAGCCACGGGGACAAGCCUUUGCAAAGUUUUCCAGCUUGUGUCAGCAUUCUAGGAAUAAACUGUGGACUGCAGGACUGGAGAUGGAAACUCUGAGCUGUGUGUGAGGGGAGCGUUUUCGACACACAAGGCAGAGGAUGGUCAUUUCAUUCCGAACCAGGAGGGUGUGCCUGGUGCUGUGUGUGCUCCUGUCUGCACUGACUCUGGUGUUACAGAACCUGUGGAUUCCGGAAGGUUCCGAAGAGCAGUUUCCAGGGAAACCCGGAGCUUCCGAGGCUCUUCCCCAGCACGGUGUGAGGAAGCUGGCUCUUCGACUGGAGACUCUCUCUUCCCAGAUCCAGGCCCUCAAGAGAGACAACAUUCCUGGCAGACUGGACAGCCUGGCUGAGACUCUCCAGCUACUCCAGAAGGACCAUGAGAGCUCCAUGCACAGUGUGCAGAAGGACCUGGUGAUGGUGUGGGAGAAGCUGGAUACCCUGUUAAAGAAGAGCCUAGCGGGGGGAGACACACCCACCAGCACCCCAUUCACAGGCAUGCUGGACAGUGAGGUUUGCAAGAUCCCAAACGAUCCAGCCUUCCCUCUCUGUGCAGGGAAAGUCGAGUUCCUGCGAGCUCGCUGGCGCUCGGACCCCUGCUACGCUCAUUAUGGAGUGGAUGGUGGAGCCUGCUCUAUCCUAGCCUACCUGAGCAACAGAGAGGACUUCUGUCCCAGCCUGCCAGGCAGAAACAUCAGCCAGAGACCAGACAAGACACGUCCCAAGGAGGGCAAGGAAGAGGCAGUGAUAAGGUCAGACCUAACCCCUCUCUUGGAGCUCAUUGGCAGUGGCCGGGGUCCUGCAGUGAGGUUCAUGCGGUCGCGGAUUGAGAGACUGGCAGGGAGAUGGGCACAGGCUGGAGUGAGAAUCCGUGACAAACUGCACCACAAACCACAGGCACAGCUAAAGGUGCUGCUGCACCCAGGAGUGCUGGCAGGGGGCGCUGGCGAGCGAUUUGGGGAGCUGUCGGAGAGGGGUGGUCCGUUGGGGGAGCUGGUGCAGUGGUCAGACGUGGCCACGGCUCUCUUCAUCCUGGGACAUAAAGUGACCUUCUCAACCACACUGCCAGAGCUGCACAGAGUGAUUGGGGCUCCUCCAGGGAAGGGAAGCUGUCCCAUCCAAGUGCCGCUGCCCUUUGACCUGCUCUACACAGACUACCACGGCCUAGCUCAGCUGCAGGCUUGCAUGGGCCUCUCCUUCAACCAGUACAGGUGUCGGUUCCGGGUUCUAGACUCCUUUGGCACAGAACCAGCCUUCAACCAGGGGGAAUACUCCCAACUCCAUGGUUACAGCACAGCCUGGGGUAGCUGGGAGCUACAGCCUCGGCAGUACAUGACCAUGUUCCCCCACACCCCUGACAACUCCUUCAUGGGCUUCGUCUCUGAAGAGCUAGGCCUGGGCUUGGAGGAGGAGGUACAGGAGCGCAAGGAACCCAACAUGGCUGUUGUCUACGGGAAACAGGACUACAUGUGGCAAGGAAAGGAGAGCUACCUGGAAGCAAUCAGCCAGGUGAUGAAGAUCCAUGGGACAGUGUACCAAGAGACAGACAGCCCUCCUCGCAUCCCUGGCUAUGUGUUGAACCAUGGACUGUUGUCCCAGGAUCAGCUACUGGAGUUGCUUAAGAGAGCCAAGCUGUUUAUAGGACUGGGGUUCCCCUAUGAGGGCCCUGCCCCUCUGGAGGCCAUUGCGUUGGGUUGUGUGUUUCUGCAGCCCCGAUUCGACCCCGCGCACACACCCCAGAACAGCAACUUUUACCGGGGGAAACCCACCACGAGACAGGUUCGCUCCCAGCAUCCCUAUGCUGAAGACUUCAUAGGUAAACCUUAUGUGUGGACUGUUGACAUGAGCAACUCCACUGAAGUCCAGGAAGCUGUGAGAACAAUCCUGCGCAGCCAGCUGAGACCCUUCACUCCCUAUGAAUUCACCAGAGAAGGAAUGCUUGAGAGAGUCUUUGCCUACAUUUCUCAUCAGGAUUUCUGCAGCCGCUCUCCCAAGCCCUGGCCCCCUGAGAACACCCUGCUAGCCAGGCUGGGCUCUCUCGGGGAGUCCUGCACUGCGGUGUGUCUCCAGGCUGCUCUGGUCUGCGAGCCAGCCCACUUCCGGCUCCUCAACAAGCCUGAUGCCUUCUCCAGCCUAGGCUUGAACUGCAGCAGCACCUCUGUGGAGGUGAACCAUUUGCUUCCAGCUUACAAUGAAAGGGCCCAGCAGUGCUCCCUGCAGAGAGAAGGGCUGCUCUUUAGCUGUGCCGGAUCAGAUAACUCCCACAAGAGACUCUGCCCCUGCCGGAGGUAUCAGCCAGGGCAAGUGGCGCUUUGUGAGGGCUGUCUUUAACAGAAUGAACUGAAUACCCCAUAUGGACUUGCUGGGUCCCAGAUAAGACCCCUAAUACUGAUAUCACCCUUAUUCUGUAUUGCUGACUUUUAAGAGCUAUGCUGUACAAUACAAUAUGGUACAAUAAAACAAACAGGUCUACAGUUCAUUUCAUGUCAUGCAUCCCAAUGCAAUAACG